GCUCUGAACGCGGCCGAGCAGCAGGGGAGAGUGGUAGUGAAUGUGUCUUAGGCUCAGUUUAGCUGUUUCGAAGAGAGAGAGAGAGGAAAAAAAAACAGAAACUACAGCAGAAGAAGAGAGGACCAAACCCCGGCUCACCCUGGACUAUGAUAACCACUACACACAGGCCGGUAAUAACGGGACGACAUAACGGCUUAUUGCACAUCUGUAGCGCAUAAUGAAGGCAUCCGCUAUUCUUUACGGCUUUCUUUCCAACGUUUAGCCACAACACUAUUUAUAAAUGCGUCUCUUUUUAGACGCCCUCUGAAGGAAAAAAAGAAAAGAAAAGAGGGGUGGGGGGGAAAGCUAGCUUGUCUGGAAUUGUGUUGAAAAAUCCUCCUCCUGUGGCCUUUGGAGGACAGUGAAGUCAUUUGAGAAGGAGAAGAAGAAGAAGACCCGUCCAGAUCAUCAGCCCUGAUACUUUAACACUGGGAACAGAAGCGACGCGGGGCUUUCUAACCGUUCCAACCAGUCAACAUCGACUCGUCUCUCAUUUCUCCUUCAAAUCUUACAUGGUUUUUCAUUUCUGAGCCGUCAUCUCCGACCCUUUUGUGGGUAUUUAUCCCCCCUUCCCCUCCUCCCUCCGCCAAAUUAAAGGAUGCCGGAUCAAAUAUCGGUGUCCGAGUUUCUCUCGGAGACAACAGAGGAUUACAAUUCCCCGACAACGUCCAGCUUCACCACCCGCUUGCAGAGCUGCAGGAACACGGUGAACGUGCUGGAGGAGGCGCUGGACCAGGAUCGAACUUCUCUUCAGAAGGUUAAGAAAUCAGUGAAGGCAAUCUACAAUUCAGGUCAAGAUCAUGUGCAGAAUGAAGAAAACUAUGCCCAGGCUCUGGAUAAGUUUGGUAGCAACUUCAUCAGCAGAGACAACCCUGAUCUGGGGACAGCUUUUGUCAAGUUCUCCUCCCUUACCAAGGAGCUGUCUGCCCUGCUGAAGAACCUGCUCCAGAGCCUCAGCCACAAUGUGAUCUUCACCCUGGACUCGCUGCUCAAGGGGGAUUUGAAAGGCGUGAAAGGGGACUUGAAGAAGCCCUUCGACAAAGCGUGGAAGGACUACGAGGCCAAGUUUACAAAGAUAGAGAAGGAGAAGCGGGAGCACGCCAAGCAGCAUGGGAUGAUCCGCACCGAGAUCACCGGGGCUGAGAUCGCAGAGGAGAUGGAGAAGGAGCGCCGCCUGUUCCAGCUGCAGAUGUGCGAGUACCUGAUCAAAGUAAAUGAGAUCAAGACCAAGAAAGGAGUGGACCUCCUGCAAAACCUGAUUAAGUAUUACCACGCACAGUGCAAUUUCUUCCAAGAUGGCUUGAAGACAGCAGAUAAGCUGAAGCAGUACAUCGAGAAGCUGGCAGCUGAUCUCUACAAUAUAAAGCAAACUCAGGAUGAAGAAAAGAAGCAGCUGACUGCUCUGCGAGAUUUGAUCAAGUCCUCCCUCCAGUUGGACCAGAAAGAGUCUAGAAGAGACUCACAGAGUAAGCAAGGUGGCUACAGCAUGCAUCAGCUGCAGGGAAACAAAGAGUUUGGCAGUGAGAAGAAAGGGUACCUGCUGAAGAAGAGUGACGGAUUGAGGAAGGUGUGGCAAAGGAGGCAGUGCUCAGUGAAGGGAGGCAUCCUCACCAUCUCUCAUGCCACAUCCAACAGGCAGCCUGUCAAACUCAACCUGCUCACCUGCCAGGUGAAGCCAAGCUCUGAAGACAGGAAAUGCUUCGACCUGAUUUCACAUAACAGGACAUAUCACUUCCAAGCUGAAGAUGAACAAGAGUUUGUCAUAUGGAUCUCAGUGUUAACUAACAGCAAGGAGGAGGCUCUAAACAUGGCUUUCCGAGGCGAGCAGAGCAGUGGCGGGGAAGACGGAUUAGAGGACUUGACUAAAGCCAUCAUAGAAGACGUGCUGCGAAUGCCAGGCAACGAGAUCUGCUGCGACUGCGGCGCUGCAGAACCAAAGUGGCUGUCCACCAACCUGGGGAUCCUCACCUGCAUCGAAUGCUCUGGGAUCCACAGAGAGAUGGGGGUCCACAUUUCCCGCAUCCAGUCCAUGGAGCUGGACAAGUUGGGAACCUCAGAACUAUUGCUGGCAAAGAAUGUAGGGAACAGUAGCUUCAAUGAGAUCAUGGAAGCAAACCUUUCCUCCCCUUCACCAAAGCCCAACCCCUCAAGUGACAUGACGGUGAGGAAAGAGUUUAUCAACGCUAAGUAUGUGGACCACAAGUAUGCCAGGAAGACGUGCACGUCAGCAGCGGCUAAGAUGAUCGAGCUGUUUGAGGCCAUCCAGACGCGGGACCUGCUGGCUCUCAUUCAGGUCUACGCCGAGGGGGUGGAGCUAAUGGAGCCUCUGCCGGAGGCGGGACCGGAAGCCGGAGAGACUGCCCUGCACUACGCCGUACGGACUGCAGACCAGACCUCACUGCAUUUGGUGGACUUCCUUGUGCAGAACAGCGGUAACCUGGAUAAGCAGACGGAGUGGGGGAACACCGCCCUGCAUUAUUGCUGCAUGUACGAAAAGCCUGAGUGCCUCAAGUUACUCCUGAGAGGCAAACCGGCCACCGACAUCACCAAUCAGAAUGGAGAGACGGCCCUGGAUGUUGCCAGGCGACUGAGGAACACUCAGUGCGAGGAGGCACUUGUUCAGGCCGCAGAGGGGAAGUUCAACCCUCACAUCCACGUGGAGUACGAGUGGAGCCUGCGACUGGAGGAGAUGGAUGAGAGCGACGACGACCUUGAUGAUAAGCCCAGUCCCAUCAAGAAGGACCGCUCUCCGAGGCCUCAGAGCUUCUGCCACUCCUCCAGCCUGUCCCCCCAUGACAAGCUCUCCCUGCCUGGCUUCAUCAGCCAGAGGGACAAGCAGCAGCGCCUCUCCUACAGCGCAUUCACCAACCAGAUGUACAGCGCCUCCACCGACCUCAGCUCCUCCCCCGUGGCCGACGGGCCGCCGCUGCCACCCAGGAACCAGGGCAAAGCUCCACACUUGGCAUUCCUUGGCUCUCAUUCGCACUACGCCACUCUGGCUGGCACCCGACCAUACAUCACUCCUCCCCCAUCCGGCCCUCCCUCCACACUCACACCAGGAGGCAGCUCUACCCUGUCCAAGAAGAGACCUCCGCCCCCACCUCCUGGACACAAACGCACCCUGUCCGACCCACCCAGCCCGCUCUCUCACAGUCCGCACAGUAAAGGGGGCUCAGUAUCCGGGGGAAGCGACUCCACCCCUCCUCCGGUCAGUAAGAUGUCCCCCGUGUCCAACAAGUUUGAGGGCAUUCCUCAGCAGCAGAGCACUACGUCGAGCAACACAAAGUCUACACUCGGUCCAAGGGUUCUUCCCAAACUACCUCAGAAAGUGGCAUUGAGAAAGAUUGACACCAUCCACCAUCCGUCUGUGGACAAGCCCAGCCUUCCUCCAGAGGUCUUCCCAAAGUCUCCGCCAGCAACUGAUGCUGCUCACAAGGCGCCGCUGGCAGAGCGGCCCCAGCUGGGCGACCUGCCCCCAAAACCACAGGUGUCCGAACUUCCCCCGAAACCCGGAGAGCUUCCUCCGAAGCCGCAGCUCUCUGACCUGCCUCCUAAACCUCAGCUGGGAGAUCUGCCGCCCAAACCCCAGCUCAAAGACCUUCCCCCCAAGCCUCACCUGGCAGACAUCCCUCCUAAACCCGGGACAUCUGACGCCACCCCCAGGCCCCCUUCUGGAGAUUCAGUACAGAGGCCACAAUCGCAGCCUCCACCUCAGACUCAGCCGCAGGACUCGCUGUCACCCAACCAACAGGCAAACAUCCCAACUCCAUCCCAGCAGGCUGCCGAGGACACUAAUGGGACCCCACCAGGGACAGCGGAGACUCCUGUGCCCCUCCCGAGGAAAAUCAAUACAGGGAAGAAUAAAACCAGGCGGGUGAAGACCAUCUACGACUGUCAGGCCGACAACGACGAUGAGCUGACGUUUGCCGAAGGAGAGGUGAUCAUAGUAACGGGGGAGGAGGACCAGGAGUGGUGGAUCGGACACAUCGAGGGAGAACCUGAAAGAAAAGGCGUCUUCCCCAUGUCCUUUGUGCACAUCCUGAGUGACUGACAGCCAGACUUGCACUACGUUUCUCCCUAAACUGGGAUUUAAUGUAAAUAUCUUAAUCGCACACCAGUAACCCCCCGCCUCCCCCAAAGAAAAAUAGAAAAUAAAGAAAAACCCAGCAGGCUCAUCUAGACCCGGAUGCCACAUCCACGCUGUACAAAGAAUGUGUGUAUUCCUCCUCUACCAGUAUUAUCUUAACCCCUAUAGCAUGGCCGGAGACGGAGCCACUCUAAAAAACAAACCCUAGCACUUACCUAGAAGUCUAUGUUUAUGCUGUUCCUGUGUAUAUAUGUAUGUAAAUAUAUAUAUUUGUGUGUGAGUGUACAUACAUGUUUUAUUGUACAAAACAUGUACCGCUCUCUGCCUGCUCCAUCAAGCGUCAGGUUGGUAGAGCGGGAAUUUUAUCUGUAUUAAUUUCACCGGCCCUUCAGUAAUUAUCAACCUAUACUUGUGUGGGGGGUGGGGUGGGAUGGGGGGGAUAGAUAUGAAAUCGAAUGUGAAAUAGGUCAUGUCAUUAUUUGUCUUGCAUCCCCGUUUACCAUCGUAGAGGCAGGAGUCUCCCGCUGAAAAGUAUUCUCAUUAAGUGUACUCCUUGUUCUUGCUUGCUUUUGGUGUGUUACAUGUAUUACGGUUGUUUUUUUUAUUACCGUACAGAAACCUGCUGCUACUGCGUGGUUGGGAAAAAAAAAAAAACUAACAUUCAAAACGCCUGUGGUUCGCUGUAGGUCACUAAUUUACUCCUUGUUACACUGUCCAUCCGUACGUUUGCUCUGUGUGUUGAAAAACCCAACGCCAUCUCAGCUUUUCCUCCACGCUUGGUAUAACGACUGGAAACGAGCGGAGUGCAGCGUUUAGACACUCACCUCAGGGUUUGAAGAGCCACUAUUAAAACCAUAGCAGGACUACGCAGAAGGAAAGUAUAUCCUGUUUUAAGCCACUAUCGACUACACGUAUGGGAACCCUAACAGGACAUUUUAGCAAUAACUUGAUUUGUUUUAGUUUUUUUAAUCACGGCCUAGAAAGCUUCUGUGUUCACAUUUCAGUGUCUUGUAAAAUCUCAUGAACUUGAAUUUUUUUUUUUUUUUAAGUUUGAUCUAGUUUGAAAAGUGCAUCAUUCCUUGUUACUGGAUUCAGUACAUUUCCAGGUUGCCUGUGAACCAGAAAUGUCUUGUAGAUGAAGGUUGGAGACCAUGUGUUUUCACUCAGUCCUCACUGACCUGAAGUUCUUCCCCAUCAUGUUAAGGAACAAACCCAUCAACCCAUUGUAUCAUUAAAAAGUGCUGUACCGAAA